UAGGUGGAUAUGCUCAUAUCCACAUCGGUACAAUAGCUUCGCAGUUAAGCUUUCUUCUCAAACAUGUGAUUACGAGCGUGUUCAAACCCUAUUGGUUCCUGAUAAGCUAAGUGGCAUAAAUUGAGAAGGCAAAACGUGGACGUGGAAGCUGUAAAGUUGUAUGAUCGAUGAGUUGCAUGAGGUUUGAAACAGGCAUUGUUGGAACUUGCAUUUCACACGGCGAAACAAAGGGAAGCGGAUUGUUGAAGUUGAUAUGAAACCCUGGCACAGACAGGAUUUGACUGGUAAAGGUCGGUUAAGUCAAUCGUACUGUGGUCAAAGGAAAUUGCUUCACACGAGUUCUAGUCUGUGUCAGUCGUGAAAUUGAGUCAGAUUUGGAGUGAGAUAGUCGGAGUGGUCUCUUCAUUUGGGCGGCGGUCAUUGUAGGCGUUUAGGUGGAUCUGCCAAUAAAGGAGAGAGCUUGUUCUAAUCAUUUGAGAAAGAAGGCUUGAAUUCAAUUGUUUGCAGACUUUUUUUUCCCAUGUGUAACAAAGUGGCGAGAGGAGGAGAAGAACACGAGCAGGAUAAGGGAAAAGAAGAGGAAGCAACAAAUCUAGCGGGUUAUAGUUAUAGUGGACUAACGAGGGAGCGUGAAAUGUCUGUGAUGGUGUCGGCGCUGAGUGACGUGGUGGCUGGAACAACUGGAGUUAAGAGAGAGAGGGAGGAUGUUGAUGAGAUUCAGCCUAGUGUUCAUCCUAGGGCUAAUCCACCUCUCUCUCUUCCUCCUGCUAUGGACUUCAAUCUUCAUCCUCCAUGGUCUCUGCAAUUGUCAUAUCCAUCUAUGCAACACCACUAUUAUGGUGCUCAAAUCCCCAUUACUGCACCUCCCACCGCCGCCAUGAUGCCAGCGCUUCAAACAUUUUUAGGGUUUCUAAUGAUUAUGAUUGUGGUGGAGAACAUACUGAAGAAUUUUUCACAUUCAGGCUAUCAAAUUGUAGCCGGCUUAGCAAUCCUUUAUCGCACGUUUAAUAUUGCUGUGGUUUUAAACGCAGAGAUGGACAACAUGGGUCAGAUUGAGAAAGCCCUGGGAUGCACUCCUCUGAAUAUCAGCUUUUUUGUUUCUCUCAUCAGCAUCAGGAACUUUCUAGGUGGUGUGAUUGCAGGAUUUCUGAUGCAAAAGGACAAAUUUCCCAUGCCAUUGAUGCUCAUAAUGAAAUUGCUUAUCGCUUGUGUUGAGCAUGUCGUUACUGCUUUUGCUCUGCCAGGAUCACUGUAUGUAGCCUCAAUCGUUAUAGGCCUGUCUUUUGGAGCUCAAUGGCCCAAAUCCUUAAGAUCCUCACUGGUCAGUGGAUUGCAUUUUACAAAUAGAAAAUGGAGGGAGAUGGCAAACAAGGGUGAGGGACAAAACAAGGUCCUAAAGCACCUUCCCUGCUGUGGAUAUAGGGAUCUGAAGGAGGCAUCUCUUCUAACCAGAAAUGUAACCCAAAGAAGAUUGUUUGUGGUAUUUAUAUGCUUUCUGAUAAUGUCCCCUGCUGAAGGGGCUUCCAUGCGUGGUAUCCUUCAAUAUGCUCCAGCUGUUCAUUCAGAGAGAACUGCAGCUGUGAUGGAGGACUUGGUGUCGAAGCCUCGCAAACUUUCAGAGCCAAGUAAACCUCAGAUUGAUCGAGGACGUGGUGCACAGCAUAAUUAAAAAAUGUAUUUUAUCACUAUAUCAAAAGUUCUUUUUAGAUUCACUAGGGAAUUAUUCUACUGGGUGUCUUGUAAUUAUGGUCAAGCAAUUUUUAUUUCCUUCAGCUAUCUUAGCUACAAUGGGGAGAGUGCUGAAGGAUGGCAAUUUUUUUCUAAACGAUGUAAACCUAAGCCUGAUCCAGGACAUGGUGCAAAGUAUAAAUAAUAUAUAUUUAAAUAAGUUACUAAAAUUUAAUAUCGAAUUAUUCUAAUAA